UUGUACAAAUGUCUACCUCACGCUUAAAGCUCCUUUCUGUCCCACUGCAGCCCUGAUCACUCUUCAUAAUGACCUCCAGUAUAGACAGGGAUGACAGCAGUAUCUUUGAUGGGCUGAUGGAAGAAGAUGAGAAGGACAAAGCAAAACGAGUUUCCAGAAAUAAGUCAGAAAAGAAGAGGCGAGACCAGUUCAAUGUGCUCAUCAAGGAGCUGGGCACCAUGCUGCCAGGCAACACUCGCAAAAUGGACAAGUCCACCAUUCUGCAGAAAAGCAUCGACUUCCUGCGCAAGCAUAAAGAAAUCACAGCACAGUCUGAGUCCAGUGAGAUUCGGCAGGACUGGAAGCCCCCUUUUCUCAGCAAUGAAGAGUUUACACAGCUAAUGCUUGAGGCUGUGGAUGGGUUCUUUUUAGCUAUUAUGACAGAUGGCAACAUAAUCUACGUCUCUGAAAGCGUUACCUCCUUACUAGAGCAUUUACCAUCUGAUCUGGUGGAUCAGAACCUGUUGAAUUUCCUUCCACUGUGUGAGCAUUCUGAAGUGUACAAAGCCCUCUCUACAAACAUACUUGAGGGUAAGAGCCUCACACCAGACUACUUAAAAACAAAAAACCAGUUAGAGUUCUGCUGCCACAUGCUGCGGGGCACAAUCGACCCCAAAGAGCCUCCUGUCUACGAGUAUGUAAAGUUCAUUGGGAACUUCAAGUCCCUCAAUACUGUGCCUAAUUCGACACGGAACGGCUUUGAAGGUGUGAUCCAGCGCUCACUCAGGCCCUCAUAUGAAGACUGUGUGUGUUUUAUUGCUACCGUCAGGUUAGCCAAGCCUCAGUUUAUUAAGGAGAUGUGCACUGUGGAGGAACCUAAUGAGGAAUUUACAUCCAGACACAGCUUAGAGUGGAAAUUCCUCUUCUUAGAUCACAGGGCUCCUCCCAUUAUAGGUUACCUGCCUUUUGAAGUUUUGGGCACGUCAGGGUAUGACUACUACCAUGUGGAUGAUUUGGAGACGUUAGCCAAGUGCCAUGAACACUUAAUGCAGUAUGGUAAAGGAAAGUCUUGUUACUAUCGAUUCCUGACCAAAGGCCAGCAGUGGAUUUGGCUGCAGACCCACUACUACAUCACUUACCAUCAGUGGAACUCCCGGCCCGAGUUCAUCGUCUGUACACACACUGUGGUCAGCUAUGCUGAGGUUAGGGCUGAGCAGCGCAGAGAGCUGGGCAUCAAAGAGUCACCUCCUGAUAUUCCACUCUCUGCAGACAAGUCUCAAGACUCUGGCUCUGAGUCCCAGUUGGACACCUCCAGUCUGAAAGAAGCACUGGAGCGCUUUGAUCAAAGCCGCUCUCCGUCUGCAUCUUCCCGGAGCUCACGCAAGUCCUCCUCUCACACCGCCGUGUCUGAUCCCACAUCCACUCAGACAAAGAUACAGACAGAGCAUAGCACGCCUCCACGCCAGGCCAUCCCCACCAUGGAGAAGCGUCGGUCGUCUAUCAGCAGCCAGUCGAUGAGCUCUCAGAACACGACCCAGACGAUGCCAGCAUGUCUAGUGUCUCAACCUCAACAGCCACAGCAGCUGCAGCCCACAGUACAGCCAGUGCUUCAGUUCUCCACACAGCUGGAUGCCAUGCAGCACCUAAAAGAACAGCUAGAGCAGCGCACACGUAUGAUCGAGGCUAACAUCCAGAGGCAGCAGGAAGAGCUUCGACAGAUCCAAGAGGAGCUGCAGAGGGUACAGGGUCAGGGUUUACAGAUGUUUCUGCAGCCUGGUGGUGGUAGUCUGAACCUCGGCUCAGUACAGUUGGCACAGGCAUCCUCUCUACAGCCAGGGACCGCUUUGACCAUGCAAGGUCUAGUGGUGCCAGCGGGCAUCUUACAAGGCAGCCUGGGAUCUACACACACGGGGACACAGCAUUCGGUCAAUCAGCAGAACCAAACAGCGCAAUCACAGCAGCAGAGCCUGUUACGUGAUCAGAGCGCCCCACUUACACAGUCUCAGAGAUCGUCCCACACAUUGCAGUCUCCUCAGGGAGCUCUUCCAGCGUCUCUCUAUAACACUAUGAUGAUCUCACAGCCUGGUCAGGCCAACGUUGUACAAAUAUCUACCAGUUUGCCCCAGAACAACUCGAGUGGAGCUGCUGUUGCCACUUUCUCUCAAGACCGCCAGAUACGGUUCCCAGCAGCCCCUCAACUUCUAACAAAGUUGGUGACCGGGCAGAUGGCAUGCGGUGCAGUCAUGGUACCAACCACCAUGUUCAUGGGUCAGGUGGUCACACCGUUCGCCCCUCAGCAGAGUCAAAAUCAGACCAUUAGCAUAGGCCAGCAGGCGAAUGCAUCCACACAGGAGCAGCAGGCACAAACGCAAGCCACGACGCAGCAGCAGAGCCAAAACCAGGCUCAACUCAGCCAGACACAGUUCCUACAGGCUCCUCGUCUUCUUCAUGGUAACCACUCGGCGCAGCUGAUCCUGCAGGCAGCGUUUCCGCUACAGCAGCAGAAUGCCUUCACCACAACAACACAACAACAACAGCAACAUCAACAGCAGCAGCAACAGCUCCAACAUCAGCAGCAACAACAGCUCCAACAGCUCCAACAUCAGCAGCAGCAGCAGCUCCAGCAUCAGCAACAACAGCAGCAGCAGCUCCAACAUCAGCAACAGCUGGCGUCUCACAGGCCGGACAGCAUGUCAGAUCGCACCAAUGGUCAGCCUCAGUAACUUGACCGCAGCCAAUCAUAAGGGGAGGACCGUAUCGGAUCUCUACUGUUCAGGCUGAUGGAGAAAGAAGAUCAUUGGUUUAUCACUGGAGCGUAAUAGAGGAAUUAGCAGUAUUUUAACUGUUCCAUGUGUAAAAGGCAGGAGGUGCUGAUUUAUCUCGCACCUUACUUGUCGACCUUCGCCAAGCUGGAUGCUGGGACUGAAUUCCUGGAAGUAUAGUCUACAGGUGCUGAGCUGCUAGCCAUCUAGGAAAUAUCUUCAUUUAUUUUCACAAUCCAGUCAAGAAGCUCGUUGGUAAAGGACAAAGCAGGUUCCUGCUCUUCUUUUCAACAGUUUUCCAUCUUGUAUGUUCUAUAUGUGAGCUUUUUCAUCCAUCACACUUUUAAUUUAUGCAGGAAGCUCCUGAUCGCAGAGUAGAGACGAGACGUCAAGAAUUCAAAGGAGUCAUACAUGACAAAUGGCAACACAGCCGUUCGUUCUUACACACAACCUCUUCCUUCUCUCACCUCUUUUUAAUUUGUGGUUUUCUUGUCGGAAAAGAAAUGUUGGGUCAGAGAAUAUUUUUACGAUUGUCACGUGGAUUAAGCUUUUACUGUAUAGUAUAUCUGUAAAAUAAUAUGUAAAUAUAUGGAUGAAAGGAAAGAGAAACUAAUAUUUUAU